UAUCUUGGCAAAUUCCGUCCUACAACUCUAUACCCCAACCUCAUCAACGGACUCCCAGCGGGUAAUCUCGAACCUGGAUCUGAGAUAGCUCAGAAUAUGGAUCACUUCAGUCUCAAGCGGUCGAACGCCCCGGAUCGCGGCAACUCAAACCUCUCCAGCAAGGUCUACGUUCGAUCUACCAAGAGUGGCAAGGUGCAAAAGAUUGUCCGUGAGCUCUACUUGCGACAAGACAUUCCUUGUUCUUCGAAUCUUUGUAGAGCGUGCUUAGAUAUUGCUCCCAAAGAUUACACCAAUAAAACUGCUUCGUUUGUCUUGUCGGAUACCCCAGCUGGAUCUAAAAACUUCCCAAAUGGCCAAUACCUUGUCCCGGACACAAAUGCCUUCCUCACCGGUAUGGAUCUAUUCGAGGUGGAGACCGCUUUCCAUGAUGUCAUUGUAUUACAGACAGUGUUAGAAGAAGUGAAGAAUCGUUCGCUGCCAUUGUACCACCGCUUGGUUGCCCUCACCAAGAACGAGGGUAAGCGGUUCUACGUCUUUUUCAAUGAGUUUCGACAAGAGACGUACAUUUCUCGCGGGACAGGCGAGACCAUCAACGACCGGAACGAUAGGGCAGUCCGACAGGCCGUGCAGUGGUACAACACCCACAUCAAAGAAGCCAUCAAGGCGAGGAGCAAGAAACAAAUGCGCAUCCCUUCUGUAGUGAUGAUUACAGAUGACAGAGACAAUCUGCGCAAGGCGAAAGCGGAGAGCAUACCUGCUAUCAAAUUAUCCGACUUUGUUUCGGGCUUAGAGAAUGCUGACGAACUGUUGGAUAUGAUUAGUGCUGCCCAAGAUCAGCGGGAAGUGAGAUCGAAACAGACUGAAGUCUUCUACCCUGAACAUUAUUCUAUCUCGAAGAUGAUGACAGGUGUAAAAGCAGGUACUAUGCACCAAGGCAUCUUCAACGUUUCGCCAUACAACUACCUCGAGGGAUCGGUUCAUGUCCCGACAUUUGACAAAUCGCUGCUUGUGCUCGGUCGGGAGAACGGAAACCGAGCGGUUUCUGGCGAUGUUGUAGUGGUGGAGGUGCUGCCCACAGACCAGUGGAAGGCCCCAUCGACUAAGAUCAUCGAAGAGGAAACCCUUAAUAAGAACGACAAUGCCGAGAUUGAAGAUGGCGAGACCAUCACGUCCGAAAGGGAACGCAAAGCUUUGCAGGAAGAGGUCAAGCGAGCUCACGGUCAAAGCUCCGAAGGAAAGCCACAACCUACUGCUCGGGUGGUGGGUAUUGUAAAACGAAAUUGGAGGCAGUAUGUUGGCCACAUUGACCAAGGAUCCGUUCGAUCAACGUCAAAAUCAAGCAGGCAACAGCAAAUGGUUUUCCUCGUGCCAAUGGACAAGCGCGUACCUAAAAUUAGGAUACGAACGCGACAGGCUGGAGAACUCCUUGGGCAGCGCGUACUGGCAACCAUAGAUUCGUGGGAACGAAACUCAAGGUAUCCAAUGGGUCACUUCGUCCGCUCGCUCGGGGAGCUUGAGUCCAAGGGAGCUGAAACAGAGGCGCUAUUGCUAGAGUGGGACGUUCAGUACAAGCCUUUUCCGAAGACGGUUUUGGAUUGCCUCCCUGCAGAAGGUCAUGACUGGAAGGUUCCUGCGAGUACCGAUGACCCAGGCUGGAAGGGCAGGCGGGAUUUGCGAGAUCUUUUGGUAUGCAGUAUUGACCCUCCAGGCUGUGUAGACAUCGACGACGCACUCCACGCACGACAGUUACCCAACGGCAACUUUGAAGUGGGUGUUCACAUCGCCGACGUGUCACAUUUUGUCAAACCGAACAACGCUAUGGACAAAGAAGCCAGUCAGCGAGGCACAACUGUUUACCUUGUGGAUAAACGAAUCGACAUGCUGCCGAUGCUUCUGGGUACGGACUUGUGUUCUCUAAAGCCAUAUGUCGAGCGCUACGCCUUCUCUGUGCUUUGGGAGGUCACACCAGAUGCCGACAUUGUUUCUGCUCAUUUCACCAAGUCUGUCAUUCGUUCCAGGGAAGCCUUUAGCUACGAACAGGCGCAAAUCCGAAUCGACGAUGACUCACACCAAGACGAGCUUACGAAUGGCAUGCGUACGUUGCUUAUGCUUUCAAAGAAAUUGAAACAGAAACGUUAUGACGCAGGUGCUUUGAACCUCGCCUCUCCGGAAGUCAAGGUGCAGACGGAGUCUGAAACAUCUGAUCCGGUGGAUGUGCAAACUAAGAAACUCCUGGACACCAACUCACUCGUCGAAGAAUUUAUGUUACUCGCCAAUAUUAGCGUGGCUGCAAAGAACUACGAGGCUUUUCCUCAGACCGCCCUCCUGCGUCGUCACGCAGCUCCUCCCAAGACCAACUUUGAAGAGCUUUCUAAUCAGCUCAAGGUAAAGAAAGGUCUCGAGCUACGAAGCGAUAGCUCAAAAGCCGUGGCAGAUUCUUUGGACCAGUGUACGGACGCGAACGAACCUUUCUUCAACACGUUGGUCAGAAUCAUGGCAACACGCUGUAUGAUGUCGGCAGAAUAUUUCUGCGCUGGUACUCAAGCCUACCCCGAGUUCAGGCACUACGGUCUUGCCAGUGAAAUCUACACCCAUUUCACAUCGCCUAUCCGCCGCUAUGCAGAUCUCGAAGCCCAUCGACAGCUUGCUGCCGCCAUCGACUAUGAACCUCUAGAUGCCUCUCUCCAGUCAAAGUCUAAGCUCGAGGGCGUGUGCAAGAAUAUCAAUGUUCGCCAUCGCAAUGCGCAGAUGGCAGGACGAGCUUCCAUCGAGUACUACGUCGGUCAAGCGCUCAAGGGCAAGGACAUCAAUGAAGAUGGUUUCGUUAUGAAAAUAUUCUCCAACGGGUUUGUUGUCUUUGUGCCGAGGUUCGGUAUCGAGAGUCUGAUUAGGCUGAGGGAUCUGGCUGCUCCCGAACCCGAGGCCGAAUUCGAUGCGGAAAAUUACGUUUUGAAGAUCAAGGGCGAUGUUCAGAGAAACAUAGAACUCUUCGAGAAAGUCACAGUCAGGAUCACAGACGAAGUGGAAGAGAGUACGGGUAAGAGGAAGGUCAAGCUGACACUUGUGUGA